CUUUUAAAAUACGGAAGCGUGAAGUUCAUUCAUAUUCAUCCCGUCUAAGUGCAGAGAGUUCUCGAACAUUCAUCCUUCUUCUGUUGAGCUUUGCUGCGUUACUUUCAAUAUGUCUUACUCAAGGAGGUCAAGAUACUCUCCAUCACUAUCCCCUUAUGACAAGCGUCGUGGAAGGUCUGUGUCAAGGUCUCUCUCUAGAAGCCGCUCCAGGAGUGCCUCAAGCGAUGCAGAGAACCCUGGUAACAGUUUAUACGUGACCGGAUUGUCUCACCGGGUGACAGAAAGAGAUCUUGAGGAUCAUUUCUCCGAAGAAGGAAAGGUAACUGAUGUUCACCUUGUCCUAGAUCCACGGACUAGAGAGCCUCGUGGUUUUGGUUUUAUCUCCAUGGAAACUGUUGGGGAUGCUAACCGCUGCAUCAGACAUCUUGAUCACUCUGUUCUCAUGGGCCGCGUCAUUACAGUUGAGAAGGCAAGACGUCGUAGAGGACGUACCCCGACUCCAGGAAAGUACUUGGGUCUGAGAGCCGCUCGAGGACGACAUAGGUCUCCUAGCUACUCUCCACGAAGGUCUAUUAGCUAUUCUCGUAGUCGCAGUCGAAGCUACUCAUCUGAUCGUAGCAGAUCUUAUACCCCUAGCCAUCGGAGGAGCAGAAAAUCAUUAUCCAACUCACCCUACUAUAGGCGUGGCAGAUCUUACUCUUCUUCGAGAUCUCCAUCACCUGAUGAUCGUUACUACAGGAGACGUGACAGAUCAGAGUCACCUUACUACAGACGGCGGUACAGGUACAGGUCAUACUCGCCUGACUACAGAGCACGGGACAGAUCAUACUCACCUUACUACAGGAGGCGGUACAGGUCCAGGUCCAGGUCAUACUCGCCUGACUACAGAACACGUGACAGAUCAUACUCACCUUACUACAGGGGAAGAGACCGGUCCUACUCGCCUUAUUACAGAGGGAGUUACUCACCUGAAAGUCGUUACCAUAAAAGGUACAGGUCGGUGUCGAGAAGCGUAAGCCCUGUGAGGAGAAGCAGAUCACGGAGCUUAUCACCUAAGAAGGGAAGGAAAGUGAGCAGGAGGAGCAAGUCUCACAGGCGGGACAGCCGAUCUUCCAUGAACCAUUCGAGGAGCGCAAGAUCAAGCACCUCUCGAUCGGUCAGCCCGUAAUAGAGUUCUUCCAGUUCUGCUUUUACUUUAAUGUUGACAUAAUCACGUUGCGUGUGUUGUAAUAAAUAGUUAAGGUGAUUCUCUAUUUACUUGGGAAUUGAUGACAGAAUAGUGUCCGUAUGUUACGAACUUAUGAUGGUUUGGUGAAUUGGUGUUGGUCUUGUAUUAAUCAGAUCACAAUCUUCUUGUAAAAUUAGUUUCUUGUCUUCUCAAGUCGCAUGAGUAUCAUUUUCUUAGUUA